UCAUUGGAGGUACCGUAACUCGUAUAUGAGAUUUGGCAAUUUUGUUUCAAACGUCAACAUUAAAAAUUUUGAGGUUAGACGUCGCAUCAUUUUGAUUUAAUAUUGUUUUUCUUGUGUAUUAUGUAGCAUUCGCUAUAUAAAAUGAGUCCUCCAAGCAAAGAAACUGAAGAGCCUUCGUCGAGCAGUGUAGGAGUAGGAAGCCAAGUAGGUGGUAGCGGCGACGCAAACUCGUCGGACCAACGACCGCCCGCCAAGCGGCAAAUUUCCGCAGCAGUUAUAGAAAUAUCCGAUACCGAUAGUGAUGACUCCGAUGUAUGUGCCGUUAAUUCAUACCAGGCUUCAGCUGAUGAAGUUAAAAGAAUUCGGCGAGAGUAUUCCUCGUCAUCAUCAUCAUCCGACUACAGCUCUGAUUCGGAGUCUCCCUGGGAGGAUGACUCUGUUGUUAUAGAAGAUAAGAUUUCAGAGAAGGUAGUUAGGACACAGCUUAAUACUAGAGCUAAUAGAAUGGAUGAUCCUAAACUAAGCCCUGCUUUGAAGUCACAAGAAGUUAUAGACAAAGUGAAAAAACAUUGGGAAGAGGAAAAAGAUCAUACAAGUGAAGAAGUUAGCUUGACAUGUAAACCUUUCCGUCUGUGCCGCCUUCACGGGCUUCUGGAAAAUCCAGAUGUCAUAAACAAUAUUGUCGAUGAUAUGAAUACACUAGACUGGUCAAGAAAGAAGAUGGACCUGUAUGAGUUCCAUCAAACAACAGAUUUAGCUAAUCUAACGUGGCAGCGAAGUAUUAGAGGAAUCUAUGAAAUGUUGAAGACUGAAAUUAUGAGUUGGGUUUCACAAGUUACUGGAUUAGAACUGACUUCGGUAUCUGCUUCCUGUUCACUUUACGGUCCGGGGGACCACUUGCUGGUACACGACGACCGGCUCGGAGACAGACGUGUGGCCUUUAUCAUAUACCUGGCGCCCUGGACGCCGCGGGGGCCACCUGCCCACGCCGCGCACAAUGGUGCCGGGCACGGGGAUUUCCACGACAAGCAUGAGCCAGAGGAGGUGUCGGGCGAGGGCUGGGCUGCGCACAUGGGCGGCGCGUUGGAGCUCUUCGAGUGCGACGCGGAGGGCAGCCCCACGCGCGUCGCGCUGCGCUCCUUCCCCGCCAAUAACACGCUCGCCUUUUUCACCGUCGGGCCGACAUCUUUCCACCAGGUGGGCGAGGUGCUGUCGCUGGAGCUGCCGCGGCUGUCCAUCAACGGCUGGUUCCACGGCCCCGCGCUGGCGCCGGCGCCGCAGCCGCAGGCGCCGCCCCGCGCGCUCGCGCCGCAUUCGCGACCGGUCCUGCUGAACCAGUGGGUGGAGAGCACGUACAUGUCGCCGCGGGUGCGCGCGCAGGUGCAGGCCCAGAUGGAGCGCGCCAGCGAGGUUUGUCUGCGGGACCUGCUGCAGCCUGCGCGCUGUCAAACCCUGCUGCAAGCACUGGCGUCGCCCGAGGUAGAGUGGGAGCUGUGCGGACCGGCGCAGCAGCGCCGUUACUGGCGCGUAGCGGAGCGCUGGCUGGAGGAGCAGGCGGAGGUGGAUUGCGAACCGGAGCCGCACGCGGUGCGCGGACUGGCGCGGAUCCUGAGCAGCACCGCCUUCAUGCGCCUGCUGGCCGAUUGUACCGAUCUUCCCUUGAGCUCCUACCGACGCCUCGAGUUGCAGCGCUGGGCACCGGGAAAUUUCACACUUCUGCCGCCGCGCGAGUUUUACCAGCAGCCACGACUCGAGGCCGUCCUGUACCUGGGCGUGCCGGAGCACCCGCUGUGCGGCGGACAGACAAUGUACGUGGCACCAGAGGAGGGAGGCGAGGCCGGCGAGGCUGGCGAGGCGGGCGAGGCCGGCGAGGCGAGCGAGGAGGGCGCGCUCGUGACUCUGCCGCCGCGUCACAACGCUCUCAACCUCGUGUACUGCGACGCGGGCGCCGCCUCCUUCACCAAGUACCUCAGCAAGCUCACCAUGAAGUCCGAUGAACACUUCUACAUAGUGACGUGUACUUACACCGAGUGAUAUGAACUGUGUUUGUCAGUGUCACUCGUGUUACUUGUGUCAGUGUGUGCCCGUACUGCACUGUACGUGUGUCCGUACUCGCGGUACGUGUCGCGGGUGUGAUGGUACUGUGGAGUGUUACGUGAUACGAAUACAUAUUAGACGUUGAGAAUUCAUCAAAGAGAAAUGAAAAGAGACUUCGACAAUCUAAUAUUACACUAGUAUGAAAUCGGGACUGUUAUUUUAUA